UUUUUUUCUGCUUUAGGUAUGGUAGAUGGAUAGAUGGAUGGAUGGAUGGAUGGACAGACAAAUACUCAAUUUCUUUCUCUGAUUCAUCCUUCGGUAGUACUUGUCCUGCUAAGAGACACAAAGACAGGUAUAACAGACAGACAGUUAGACAGACAGAUUUACAGAAUGAAUAACUAGAUAGAUAAAUAGAUAGACAGACGAAAAGACAGAUAGAUAGUUAGACAGACAGACUGACGGAAAGACGGAGACAGAUAGGUAGAUGAAAAGACAGAUAGAUAGUUAGACAGACAGACUGACGGAAAGACGGAGACAGAUAGGUAGAUGAAAAGAUAGAUAGCUAGUUAGACAGACAGAUUGACAGAAAGACAGAGAUAGAUAGAUAGAUUCACGUGGAGAUGAAGUUGAGGUCACGUGUCUCUGCACUCAGGGGGCUGGAUGUAAAGGCGCUGCAGCGCGACCAGCUCAAACUAGAUUUCCAAAACAAAGAGUAGCGGAGGAGGAGCUGCACUUGCUAAGAAUGCAGUUUACACAGACACACACACACACACGCGCACACACACACACACACACACACGCAAGCUCUCUGGUGGUAAAGGACCUCUCCCACAGCAACAAGGAACAGAGCGUUUCAAGCCCAAUCCCUGCGGAAAAUCGCACCUCCUCCAUAUUUGCCUUCAUUUACACAGGAAGGAACUACAGCAAGCUCAACUGUGCAAAUAGGAUGAGGGGUAUAUUCUCAGUGACGAUCAUACUGCUUGUGGCUUUCACCAUUGCCGUGGAAGCCGUAAAGAAGAAAGAGAAAGGGAAGGAGGUGAAAGCAGAGAGCGACUGCUCUGAGUGGCUAUACGGGAGAUGUGUGCCCAGCAGCGGUGACUGCGGCGUGGGUGUUCGUGAGGCCACCUGCAAUGAGCAGACAAAGAGACACCAGUGUAAAGUGCCAUGUAACUGGAAGAAGGACUUUGGAGCUGAUUGCAAGUACAAGUUUGGCCGCUGGGGAGAGUGUGAGGCAGGCACUCGAAGCAGGUCUGGAGUACUGAGGAAAUCGCUGUUCAAUGCUGACUGCCAGCAGACCAUUAAGGUGAACAAGCCUUGCAAUCCAAAAACGCCCAAACCCAAGGGCGGGGAGAAGAAGGCAAAGAAAGGGAAGGAAAAUUAAGCAAUCCAGUGCGUCACCCUGUCCUCAACCUUUAAAUGGAAUGGCGCUUAAUCUGCAAUGAGGGGGGAAAAUAAUUGUAACCCUAUCUAUAUUUGAUUCUGUCUUUUGUUGGUACAAUUGUGAUCGUUUCCUUUUGUCAUAUUUUUAAAUAAUUUCUGUAGGAAGCUGAUAAUUGUAAUCUACUUUACAUUUAUAAAUAGUGAAACACAGCAAACCAUUAUUUACUAAAGAUGCAUGUCUGUGUGGACAUUUUUUUUUUUUUUUGCCCCUUGAAAAUUUGAUCUAAAUACUGCAACAGUAGAGAUAUGAUUUAACACACAGUGAUCAACUGGAUCCAUAUUUGUACGUGUCAAAUAAAAUAAAACCCUCGAAUUGUUAGUAGACUUGCAAUGGUAUAGGAGCUGCGUAUCUAUGCUUGUAAACGUUUCUAAAUUUGUAAUCGAUGUACAAUCAACAUCACUAACGGAUACUUCUUCAGGUCUGUGAAUAAAUAAGAAAAGUUG